UGAUCCUGCCGUCAGUCGACCAAGCUGCAUCUAUCUUGUCAUUUUUCUUUACUUCUUCCUUCGCUUUGUACAGGAUAGUCCUAUUUAUUACGGUCAGAUCUUCUUCUAUGCCUAUGUGGGUACCUUUCAGCUUUCUGCGGUUCUUCAAGAACCUCUCUCUAGUGCGGUACGAGGUGCACUUCACUAUGAUGGGCCUCGGUUUUGCAGCGCUCCUCCCAGUUGUGCUAUGUGCCCCUGCAGCUGCAGGCGCGCCUACACGAUGAGAUCUGUCAAUCUCAUGUUGCUCCAAGUUGAGAUAUAUCUUCUCGCGAGCCAGAUCAAGAACCAGCUUGUCGGUGUCCUCUCCUGGGUUCUCAGGUACGCCGUAGACACGAACACAGGUACGUCGGGAGUACUGUUCGGCUUCGUUGGACUCCGGCUUGUCGAUACUGGCCAGGUUGCUUUCUUGCUGUUCUUGAAGAGUGAUGAUGGUGUUUGAUUUGGAGCGUAGUUGAUGCUCGAGCUCAAGGAUUUUGCCUUCCGCUCUCUCCAACUGCUCACGCAGGUCCUGCAUUUCACAUUUUGUCGAUUUCGUCACGUGACGUAUAAGAUGGCGCCAAUCACACGGAGAGUGUCACGGUAUACUACAUACUUGAUGCUGGCCAUGCUAUGUGUACUAGCUACAUACCAGGGUGCAUCAGGAGGUGCCAACAAUGACGAGUCCUGUUCAUCACGAGAUGGAUUCUGUAUGCCACAGGAGGGUCAGACGCCGGCGAAAUGUUGUGUUGAAAUGGGAGGCUGUGAGUCGGUGGAGGAUUGUGAUUAACAAUGGAGCUUUGUGCAAGGUUCGUCGUUCAAGAUGUACUUGUGGCACGAUGGGUUAUAUAUAAGUUCUUUGGAGACAGCAUGCUGAGGCCUUCAUCCUGCAGUGGAUCGAUAAUGGCUGAAAAAGAAAGAAAGGUUAUCCGGCGAGAUUCCUGCGAUAAAUUAAUGACAGAUCAUGAUGAUUAAAAGUGCUCAAAGCUAGCCUUAUAUCAAUUGAUAUUUAGAUAUGUUGAUGUUGAUAUAAUUAUUAGGCCUAUACUGCAGUUCCCCCAUACGUAUACUACUGUAAUUAUGGACAUGAAUUUUGGUGAUGGGUGAGAUAUUCAUUUUUAGAUGAGAUAAUUUGAACGUAAUAUCUGUUAGUUUGCCGACGCCCCACCUUGUCAAUCACAUCAGGUGAUACAGGGUCUGAGCUAUACUGAACUUACACCAAACUUUCAUAGACAAUGUAAUAUUUACAAUACUUAUAUAUAAUCUGUUAUUUAGAAAUUCAUAUGUCCAUCAUUGUCCAUACGAAGAAGGAAUAUUGUAUCAUGCAUUUAUAUAGAACCAUUAUUGCCUCCAUCCCUCCAUCACAUCGAUUCAAUAUUAUAUUUUGAACUUAUGCAUUAUGAAUUCAAUAUCCCUUGCAAGCUAGAAAAAAAAUGAUAACACUUUAACCCCCUCCCCCCUCAUUAUCAUCAUCAAGUGCCGGGUGUGUUACAGACAUUGGCCGUCAUGGCCCUCCAUUUCUGCCUAUGUUCUAGUAUUCUUAAAGAGCUGGUAUUGCUAAUUACAUUUUUGGUUGCCCAUUUAAGGGUUAAGGCUUCUUAAUAUUUUUUCUUCUAGAUAAUCCUAUCUGUAUAUGUCACAAAUUACAUUUGCAUCUUUCUUAUUGUGUUGAUGAGUGAUGGUUUUACUCUUGCUUUCAUCUUAUUAAAUAUAUCCUUGCCGUUGCAAUUCUUUUCUCUAUCUCAUGAAUACUUUUCACAUCUGUUUUCUUUUUGUUUAAAGGAAAUAAAUUAAUAAAAUGAGAAGGAAAUACA